UGCGCACAGCCAACUAGACCCGUUUUAGACGACUUGUGAAAAGUCACACUGUGUCUGUUCAUUGUUCGAACACGUUCGUCGACCCAUUCUGACACGACGUCCUCUAGUUUUUAGUUUUUUCGCAGUGUCCUAUUACUUCAUGGCGAUGUUGCUACGUAAUGGUGCGCGUGGCGCCCAGAUCACCGCGCAGGCUUCUGCUGCUUUUGGCCUAAAUGGCGGCGGCGCGAGUUGCUGUUUUGGCUCAUGGGCGAAGGUGAGCCGAGGCCGUUUCUAUAUUAACAGCGGCAGCAGUAGCAGCAGCAUUCAGGUUAGCAGCCGGACAUCAACAGUCAACGGUGUGUGCCUGCUUGGUUCACAGCUCCAGCAACGUGUUGCAGGUUUUGCUUCAAAAGCAUCGCAGCAAAAAAACUCAGCAAAAAUGUCCGGUCUCCCUCGUGUCUUCAUGGAUAUUGAGGCCGAAGGCACCAAGCUUGGUCGUAUCGUUAUGGAGCUUCGCUCUGACGUCGUUCCCAAGACCGCCGAGAACUUCAGAGCGCUUUGCACUGGUGAGACUGGCAAAGGAUACAAGGGAUCGACUUUCCAUCGUAUCAUCCCUAACUUCAUGUGUCAGGGCGGCGAUUUCACUAAGGGCAAUGGCACUGGUGGUGUGUCGAUCUACGGUGAGCGUUUUGAGGACGAGAAUUUCACUCUGAAGCAUACCGGUCCCGGAAUCCUGUCGAUGGCCAACGCUGGCCGAGACUCCAACGGCUCGCAAUUCUUCCUUUGCACCAUCAAGACCCAGUGGUUGGACGGUAAGCACGUUGUCUUUGGCUCCGUUGUCGAAGGCAUGGACGUUGUUAAGCAGAUGGAGGCUCUCGGGUCGCAGAGUGGCGCCACCAAGAAAAAGGUUGUCAUUGCUGACUGCGGCCAGCUUUAAGCAGAUGUAACCGUAUCUUCUGCUUCCUUUCCCAUAUGACCAUCUCUUGUUCAAUAGUAACAGAUACAGCCACAAUUCUGAACUUCACCAUCACUUCAAGAACCAUUAACAACUAAUAUAUAUAUACACCACGCAAAAUAGCUGUAAUGUGUAACAUCUACAAUAAAUGUCCUGGCAUUGGUUGCUCAAGAGCAACGAACGAAAGAAAGAAGGAUAAAAACAUGAAGAAAAAGGGUUCAAGACUCCUCACCGCGUCGGUGUACUAGUCGCUGAGGACCCUUUUUGCUGCAUGGAAAUUAAUCGAAAAGAGAAUCGGGAGGAUGCCAUCGUGCCGCCAUCCACUGACAAGUUUGAGCGAGCAAGGACUAUUUUCCAUAGGAAGCGUAACAAGAACAGCAACCAAUACAAUAGCUAAUCUAAGUACAUACAUCUACACACACAAGAAUAAUACAGGAACCAAGCAUCAAAUCAAAGCAGGAGGCGGACAUAUGUCAAAAGUGCUACAGCUGCCAGUUUAUGAUAAUUAUCACAUGAUUAAUAUCAUGGUAACUUCCGUUGUGUAUCCGCCAACAAACCAUAUUACUAAAUGAAGACAGCAAGCAAUUAAAAAAUCAAUUUUUGUUUAGUUCUUUAUCUUAAAUUGAUAAAAGCGAAAUAAAAGUAAUUUCAUGGUUAAAGGUAGACGUUCCGCUGAACUCA